AUGAAGACUACACACAUCCUAUCCCUAGCAACACUUGCCGCCUGCGCACCUGUUCAGCCCGCACCUGUUCAGCCCACGGACCUCGCCGCAGCGGCAAACGUCCCCGAGAAAGCUGUUCUCGGCUUCUUCCAACUGUACAAUGUGGGCGAUGUGGAGCUGCUCCCAGUGGACGACGGCGCACACUCCGGGAUCCUUUUCGUGAACCGCACACUAGCGGACGUGGACUACUCCUCCGAGCAUGUGGUUCAAAAAUGGUUCCGUCUGUCUCUCCACCAUGGGCAAAGUAUGUAA